AUGCCCAUUGAGGAUGGGCAUAUGAAGUGCGUUUUAUGUUUGGGAGAGGAUCAUGCCUCUGCGGCCAGGGAAGACCCGUCCUCUUGCAUGAACUGCUUUAUUAUACCCAGGCCGUCACUCGAGGCUCGUUAUUGUCUGUUUAGGGGCAAGAAACGGAAAGCCUCUUUUACUGAGCUGAGCCAGGAAAAACGUGACAGAGGGUUGGGAACUAGGUCAAAGACCCCCAUGAUUGGGCCUCCACUUACAAUUACUGUGCAUGACACCUCUGAGCCUCAUGAGCAGGAGGACGUGAGUGAUGUGGAUGUGGAGUGUAUGUCAGACAGUGAUUUGGCACCUGACCAGGAGGGCACGGCAUCUGUAGCUAAUGAAGGAGCAAGCAGCAGAGGCAGGGAAGAGUAUUGCUUCUCUUUGGGUAACCAGGCGGCAGCUAUGGCUCUCCCAGUCACCACUGCAGCCGGAGGAUCAAAGCCCAGGAGGCACGCAGAUGUGCGCGGGAAGUGUCUGGGGUGGUUGUGCGGCGGCGGAAGUGGCAGAGUGCAGGUUCCGCAUCCAGGCCACCUACACAAACCGGUCAGCAGCAAAACUGGGGCUCACGGGACUUACGUACCACCAUUGAGGCCCAGCGGCGACGGAACAGGGGCAAAGGGGGGCCAUCAGGUUCUGGGUUUCAGGCUAAGGGCCGACCCAAGCCUCCGCCUCAGUCCUGACGCCAGGAUGGACCCAGCGUGUUUCCCCGACAUCGAGACACGCCGGACUGCCUGGAUGGCCAUGGGUGCGUCCCCAUGGGUCGUGUCUACCAUGACGCAGGGGUACCGUAUCCAGUUUUUACGGAAGCCUCCCACCUCAGUAUCCCCUUUGGUGGUCACUCAGGUGCAUUCCGAACACAGGGCAGUACUCCUGUCGGAGAUUUCUACCCUGUUGGAGAAGAAGGCAAUCAGAGAAGUGCCACCAGGCGACAGACAGGUUGGGUUUUAUUCCCGGUAUUUUUUGAUUCCCAAAAAGGACGGCAACCUCCGCCCCAUUCUCGACCUGAGAGGACUGAACCGGUUCAUUCGUCCUCUGCGGUGCAAAAUGUUGACAGUCUCCAGGGUGAGACAGUUCAUUUGCAGAGGGGAUUGGUUUGUUACCAUCGAUCUGAAGGACGCCUAUUUUCAGAUUCCCAUCUGGAAAGGCCACUGGCGUUUCCUCAGAUUUGUCUUCAACGGCAAGGUGUACGAAUUUCAGGUUCUUCCCUUUGGGAUAUCCCUGGCUCCUCGCACAUUCACGAGGUGCAUGGAAGCAGUGCUCUCACCUCUCAGACAGGAAGGCAUCAGAAUUCUGAACUACUUGGACGACUGGCUCCUGUGUGCGGGGACACAGCAGGAGUGUCGGGCUCACUUGUCUCUGCUGUUGGAACACCUGCGUCAAUUGGGGCUUCGUCUCAACUAUGAGAAAAGCCAUCUCGUACCGUCUCAAGAGACGCACUUUCUAGGCUUGGUCUUGAAUUCUCAGGCAGCAAGUCUCACACUAUCACAGGCGAGACUGAUGUCCUUCGAGAGUUGUCUCUCGCAGUUCAGACUGGGGGCCAGAGUCACAUGGCGGCAGUGUCUCCGCCUCAUGGGGCUUAUGGCGUCCAUGUCACAGGCAGUCCCUUUGGCGCUGCUGAACAUGCGCCCAGUCCAACGGUAUCUUCUGGGUCUAGCGUUAAAGAAAAGAACCACAGAAAACCACAGAGAGGUUGUUGAGGAGGAGAGUAGGUGUGAGGAGGGGGGGUUUCCUGCUUCAGCGUUAGAUGGUUUGUUCAGCAUCAAAGAAAAACCUCAAAGGCACCUACCUACCCCCCCAUCUCCCCCGUGUUAG